AUGGGUCCGGUAGACCAGGGAGUCCAAGUCAUGUUCACCAUGGACCACAUCAGCAUCAUGGCUGCCCUCAAAGGGUUGUUACUCGACGGGCACGUCCCUCCUUCCUCCCCGUACAGCCGGCCAAUCGGUGCCUCUGCUGCCCAGCGGGCCGACGCCCACUCGGGGGCCGCCGGACAGGUGGUGAAGAAGCCUCUGAACGCCUUCAUGCUCUACAUGAAGGAGAUGAGACACAAAGUGCUGCAGGAGGGACGAGAGAGAGAGAGCGCCGCCAUUAACUGCAUCCUGGGACGCAGGUGGAACGCUCUGUCGCGAUGGGAACAGUCCAAAUACUACGAUCUGGCCCAGAAGGAGCGACUGCUCCACAUGCAGCUGUACCCUGGAUGGUCCGCCAGGGAUAACUACGGAAAAAGGAAACGGAAGAAAAGCCAGCAGACCACAGGAAGAGGCCCACGCUGGACUCUGAGUGCUGCAUGAGACCCCUGAAACAAACACAAACAAACACACAAACAAAACAAACAAACAAACAUUGUCUGUCGUCUGCACACUCGCUCUAGAAGUUAAACAUAAAUAUUAUUACAUGUUAAAGACCUGAUGGAUCAUAAGCACAUUUCAUCACGAUGUGUUCGAGGAACCUUCACACGGAGAGUU